AAAAAAAAAAACCCUAGUCGUACCAAAAUCUAGGGUUUACCUUGACCGGAUCUAGACACAUAAGCUAUUCAGAUAUGGAAGUGGUUGCUGCUGGGUCAAUGGUAACGCAGAGUCAACAGACAUGGGCUUGCUCUGUCACUGAGUCUCUUCUCAUCCUCGUCGGAAAGAAUCUGGCUUGUCUGCUCCUUGUGGCAGAAUCUUUGCUGAUGGGUUUGAUUGCUGUUGACCAGAGGUUGUCUCUGAAGGAGGGUUACAAAAGAGGAAGCCGUGUUGAGGAAAACAAAGAUGGCAGUGACAGUGACGACGAUGAUGAUGAUGAUGAUGAAGACGCUGAUGAGGAUGACGACGAUGAGGAUGAUGCUAAUGAUGAAGAUUUCUCAGGGGAUGAAGGGGAAGAAGCUGAUCCAGAGGAUGAUCCAGUGGCCAACGGUGGUGGAGGAGAAAGUGAUGAUGAUGAUGACGAUGAUGAUGAGGAGGGUGAUAAUGAUGACGAUGGAGAUGAGGACAACGAGGAUGAGGAAGAAGACGAGGAUGAGGAAGACGAUGACGAUGUUCGUCAGCCUCCUUCUAAGAAGAGAAAAUGAAAUCAUGAGUUUAACAAAUGUUUGUGCUUUGGAUAUGGUUAAGACUUGAAGAGGAUGAUGAUGCUAUGUGUUGGUUUAAGUAGUCUAGGGAUACUUCUCGUCCUCUUAUUGAAAUUUCAUCUUGUGUUGGUUAUGUGUGAUUUUUCUAUGUGGAUUUUUAGUCAUCUUCUGUGUUUAGAAUGUUUUGGUCUCUUCUUCUUUUCUUGUUUCUACAUUUGCUUAUGGUUAGAGGUAUGAAUGCCCACCGUGCUUUGUAGUUUUC